CGUCACUCGGCGCGUGCCCGGGUAGCCCGUGGUAACACCUAGUCUGCGGAAGUGGAGAAGAGCUGGCAGGCGGCUGAGACAGGGGACUGAAAGUUGUGGAACCCUAAUUUGUGACAUCAGGUGUUUUUUGGUAAGCAGCCAUUUAUGACUCUGGAAGAUUGGGACUGACAGGAAGCCCCUUCUGAGAUUUUAACAAAGUUCUCGAACAACACCUAUACCAUGGACAUAAAGCUGGAUCCUUCCCGAGAUGACCUGCCUCUCAUGGCCAACACCAGCCACAUACUAGUGAAGCACUAUGUACUGGAUUUAGAUGUGGAUUUCGAAAGUCAAAUCAUUGAGGGCACCAUAGUGCUUUUCUUCGAGUCUGGAAAUAAAUUCAAGAAACAGAGUAGUUCCACCGAGGAAACCUACCCAUCAGAGUCAAACGAAGCCUGCAAAUUUAGGACGCCUGAACCCUGCCAUAUUCCUGUGACAAAUACAAGGACCGUCUCAUCUAAAAUGGGAUAUAAUGAUUUUGUAAUCCGUGGUAAAGGUGAAAAAGAUACUUCUGGUAAAGAUGGUAACCAUGACAACCAGGAACAGGCUUCUGGGAUUUCUAGCUCAAAGUACUGCUGUGACACAGGGGAUCAUGGGAGUGAGGAUUUUUUGCUAGUGUUGGACUGCUGUGAUUUAUCUGUGUUAAAGGUUGAGGAGGUGGAUGUUGCUGCUGUGCCAGGUAUUGAAAACUUUACAAGGUCUCCCAAGCUCAGGAAUCAGAUUGUACGUGAACUCGUGGCUCUGCCUGCAGAUCGUUGGAGGGAGCAGUUAGACUAUUAUGCUCGCUGCAGCCAGGCUCCUGGUUGUGGGGAGCUCCUGUUUGACAUUGACACUUGGAGCUUACAGAUCAGGAAGACAGGGGCUCAGACAGCUACUGACUUUCCUCAUGCCAUAAGGAUACGGUACACGACCAAACCCCAGGGGCGAUCAGUUACAUGGACCUCAGACCAGAGUGGCAGGCCAUGUGUUUAUACUAUGGGAUCGCCCAUAAACAACAGGGCCCUUUUUCCAUGCCAGGAGCCACCCGUUGCCAUGUCAACAUGGCAGGCUACAGUUCGAGCAGCUGCAUCUUUUGUUGUUUUAAUGAGUGGGGAAAAUUCUGCCAAGCCAACACAGCUUCGGGAAGGAUACUCAAGUUGGCAUUACUACGUAACCAUGCCAAUGCCAGCCUCCACCUUCACAAUUGCAGUAGGAUCCUGGACAGAAACGAAGCCAGAGAUCUGCUCAUCAAAUGAUCUGGUGACAGAGAGAUCCUUCUCACCUUUCGAGGCUGACUUCAGGUAUGUUGGUGUUUGUGGUCACAUGGAAUACCCCUGCCGCUUCCAGAAUGCUUCUGCCACCACCCAGGAGAUAAUUCCUCAUCGGGUCUUUGCUCCAGUGUGCCUGAAGGGUGCCUGCCAAGAGACCCUUCUGCCACUGAUCCCUCCCUGCCUCUCCGCAGCACACUCUGUCCUGGGAACACACCCGUUCUCCAGGCUGGAUGUACUCAUUGUCCCUGCCAACUUUCCGAGUCUGGGGAUGGCCAGCCCACACCUCGUCUUCCUCUCUCAGAGCACCUUGACUGGAAUGAGCCAGCUCUGUGGGACCCGUCUCUGCCAUGAAAUUGCUCAUGCCUGGUUUGGCCUGGCUAUCGGGGCCCGAGACUGGACGGAAGAGUGGCUCAGUGAAGGGUUCGCCACUCACUUGGAAGAUGUAUUCUGGGCCAAGGCGCAGCAGCUGGCCCCCGACGAGGCCCAGGAGCAGCAGGAACUGAGGGCUUGCCUGCGCUGGCGUCGCCUCCAGGACGAGGUGCGGAACUCCCCGGAGGAUAUGCAGGUGUUGAGACCCAAUAAAGAGAAAACUGGCCAUGUGAGUGACUCAGGAUCAUCUGUCAUCAAACACGGGCUCAAUCCGGAGAAGGUCUUCAUGCAGGUUCAUUAUUUAAAGGGCUAUUUCCUUCUCCGGUUCCUUGCCAAAAGACUUGGAGAUGACACCUAUUUUUCAUUUUUAAGAAAGUUUGUGCACACAUUUCAUGGGCAGCUGAUUCUUUCCCAGGAUUUCCUUCAAAUGCUGUUGGAGAGCAUCCCAGAAGAAAGAAGGCUUGAGUUGUCCGUUGAAAACAUCUUCCGAGACUGGCUGGAGACUUCCGGAAUACCACAGCCGCUGCAGAGGGAGCGCCUGGCCGGGGCGGAGUGCGGGCUCGCGCGGCAAGUGAGCGCCGAGGUCGCCAAAUGGGUCCGAGUGAACAGGAGACCCCGAAAACGGAAACGAAAGGAGACAGAAGUGUUGGAAAAGCUUCUUCCAGACCAGCUGGUCUUGCUUCUGGAGCAUCUCUUGGAGCAGAAGACUAUGAAUCCCCGAACUCUACAAAGACUUGAGAGGACGUACCACCUCUCGGAGCAGGAUGCAGAGGUUCGCCAUCGAUGGUGUGAACUUGUUGUUAAGCACAAAUACACAAAAGCGUACAGAAACGUGGAGAGGUUCCUUCAGGAGGAUCAGGCCAUGGGCAUCUACCUCUACGGGGAGCUGAUGGUGAGUGAGGACGCCCGGCAGCAGCAGCUCGCCCGCAGGUGCUUCGAGCUGAGCAGGGAGCAGAUGGACAGACCCUCAGCCGAGGUGGUGGCCGAGAUGUUGUUUUAAAGAGGAAAGAUCACAGCGAGAUUCUUUUUCAUGCAUCUACUCGUAGCCCUGGUGGGACCAGGAUCACACUGACCCUGGACAUCAAAGGAAGGAUUAUGGGGCUGCUAAAGCCAUCAGCCGACAGCAGCGUGCACAUCGUGGGGCGACCUUCCCAGAGGCCCUCACAGCGGAGCCCGUGUCAAAGGCACAUCCUUGUAAACGGUCUCCACAGGGCUGUGUGAUGCCUUUGUGCCCACCCUGGAUGUGCCACCUCAAGAUCCUGAAUCUGAAUUGAGUCUCCCCUGUGAGUUCAGUGCAGUUCUUUUCACACAAAGAUGGAAGAUACCUGAGGCCUGUCGGAAGACCUGCUGAACCUUCUCCAUCCAUCCCUCAGCAUGUGGAUAUUUAUUCCUGCACUUCCAGAAAGUCAGAGUUUCUGCAUACUGGGACCACCUCUGCAGGAUUACUUUGAUUGAUAUGUCCUGUAUUUAGAUUUUCCAAAAUUUUAGUACCUUUUGGUGGAAGUGCAGGAUAACACUCUUAAGAUGUAUUAAUAAUAAAAUGUAAUGGAUUCGGUUUUUUUUCUGCCUGUUUGCUUCCUCAUUUAAUACUAUAUUUAAAAAGGAAAAAAAAAAAAAGUGAAAGAAGAGGGUGGUCGCCUCCUUCUGGCGUCGUUCUUUGCUCACCUUACUGGGUCUCUCUGUAGCUCUCCAGGUGGUGGUGCUGUACCUGGGAGGACGGGGCCCCGCUCCUGAUGGAGGCACCAUGCGGUCUGCGGUGGUGUUGCCUCUUUUCCCACAAAUGUUUGAAGUUAAAAAAAAAAAAAAUUAAACUUCUCAGGACUGUCCAAAGGGAAGAAGGAUGGCUUUAAGACGCUCCAGAAGCCACAGUGGUUGGUGCAGUCACGUGACGGCGUGAGGCUGAGCUUAGCGGGAGUGAACUGACCCGCCUGCAGGGGCUGCACUCGCGGGGCUGCGGACCCGCCGGUGGGGGGACGUGCGGCUCCACUCAGCCCUUCGUUAGGAGCUCCUGACCUUCAGAGUUACUUAGCAGUGACCGUCAUUCUAGAAGGGUUCCUACGUGUUGGUUCUUUGCUGUUACGUGUGCUCUGCCUAUGGUUGUAUAUGUGCUUUGUUUACCAUAUGGGUAGAAGAAUAAAAAUCUGAUUUUUAAAUAUGAAGAAAUGUCAGAACGCUGUUCUCUGUGAAGACUUGGAAUAAACGACUCUUUCUCCCUC